AUGGCGGCCGUCCGAACAAUCUCCACAACUACGAUCAGAGCACGAAGCGGCCUUAAUCAUGGCGACUCACCUCAACAGAUCGAUCUGAAUCCAUGGGAUCUUCAAUUUCUACUACUUGAGUAUGCUCAAAAGGGACUUCUCUUUCGCAAACCCGCCUCAUCAUCAUCGUCUUCAAUACUUGGAGAAACAGUAAUCCAGCAGUUAAAGGACUCGCUUUCUUCCACCCUCGACUUCUUUCUGCCGCUCGCCGGCCGUUUUCUUGUUGUCUCCCAUGGCGGGAACACUACAGUUGCUGACAUUGUUGAACCCACUUAUGUUCCUCCCAUUGUCUCCUCCUUUUUCCCAUCAAGUAAUGUCAAGAACUUUGAAGCAGUUCGAGUUCCAUUAGUGGCGGUUCAAGUCACACAGUUGGCAGAUGGCGUCUUCGUCGCUUGUUCCAUGAACCAUUGUCUUGCUGAUGUGAAGCCGUACUGGAAUUUCUUAAACGCAUGGGCUCAGAUCUCUCGAAAUGGCCUCAACCACAUAGCCCCAAAUUCGAAGCUCGCUUCAUUUGAACGGUGGUUUCCUCAUGGUGACAUUCACCGGCCCAUAGCAAUCUCAUCCAAAAAAAUCAUAGAGAAUCAUCUCGAGGAGCCAAUAAAUUUGAUUCAGCCAUCACCUCCAUUUUCCAGGAGGAUCUUUCACUUUAAAAGAGAAAAAAUUGCUGAGAUGAAAGCUAAAGCUAAUUCAGAGGUCAAUGAUAGUGUCAACAGCAACAAAAUCUCCUCCUUACAAGCUAUUGUAGCCCUUGUUUGGAGGUCUGUGAUCAGAAAUCAGAAUCUUGACCCAGAAGAGGAAGUCACUUACAGAUUCCUCAUAUCUGCAGGAUCCAGAGUUUCCCACCCACCAAUUCCAGAGGACUAUUUCGGAAUCACUGUGCAACUCGCCGUCGUGACGAUGAAAGUAAGGGACUUAGUGGGAGACAGAGGCUUUGGGAAGUUUGCUUCGGAGAUGAACAGGGCAGUCUCAUCAUUCACAGAAGAAAAGAUCAAGAGCGACUUUGAAGCUUGGAUACGAAAUCCAAUAAUGCGUUUACAACGUGCAACAAUUGGGAAGUGUAUGGGAACUAGCAGCUCCCCAAGAGUCAACUUUUAUGACAUUGACUUUGGUUGGGGAAAGCCGGUGGCGGUUCGCGGCGGCCCAGCCAAUGCAAAGCUGUGGAAGUUGGCUGCUGAUGCUGGACUAGAAGAAGAUAGUUUUGACAUUGAGCUGUGUGCCUCGUACGAAAUACUGGAAGCUUUGGCAAGAGACAUCGAGUUCAUGCACGCAAUGGAAUCAUCGUUGCCGGCGAAGUUAUCAACAACAAGAGAAGUAGCACGGACUCGACUAUAA